AUGUACCUCCCAUCGCUCCUUCUAGCCCUCGCAGCUACUGCGUCGGCCAUUGACAUCAGAGCUUACACUGGCGACAACUGCGCCGGAGGCUAUGUUGCUUGCGUGAACAUCAACCCCAACGUAUGCUGUUCGUUCAGCAGCGUAGAAAGCAGCGUCAGAUCGAGCAUUGCGAUGGUUGCUAUCCCGUCCAGCUGGAACAUCCGCGCUGAGUCCUACACCGGAGGCGGCUGCAAAACUUCCGGGGGUCUGGGCGACUCCGACGGUAGCGCAACCGUCUGCCUUCCGCAAAAGACGUGGGGCGACCGCACGGGGGGCAAAUACUGGUUCCCUAGCCGCAAGCGUGCCGACCUGUCAUGCCCCGCCGACCAGCCCGAUGCCGGGAAAUGCGAAGCCGUCGUCAAGCCCGAUACGCUCGGCCUCGCGGACGGCACCGAGUACAACAUCGCCGGCUUGUCGGAUGAGGAAAUCCAGAAAUUGGACAAGAUUGCCAGCUCCGGCGCCGGUGCCGACGCCGUGCCCGCCGAGUUCCAGGCCCUGAGUCGCUAG